CAAGUGCACUGAUGCCGCCUUGGAGUAGAGGUCUUUCCAAAGUAGGAUCGUCACACAGAGCAGUCUCCGGAGAAGAACUUGUCAUCAGAAGGUCUUGUCUCCUGCGGAGAAGUUUUCUCUGCGAUCAUGUCAGCGAUGAAAAUGGAGACGUUUUGUAACAAAUUCCAAGCGAAUAUCUUCAGUAAAAGCAAAUGUCAAAACUGCUUCAAAUCUCGUGAACUGCACCUGAGGACCAAUGAAGAUUUAAAUCAGGCAAAGCCUGUCUAUGGAGGCUGGUUAUGUCUUGCUCCAGAGGGUACUGACUUUGGCAACCCAGCGCAGCGAUCCAGGAAAUGGCAACGCAGAUUCUUCAUUCUCUAUGAACACGGCAGUCUGCAUUUCGCUCUGGAUGAGUCGCCAAGCACUCUUCCACAAGGGACCGUGAACAUGAACCUGUGCAUGGAUGUGGUUGAUGCGGAGACUAAGACAGGGCAGAGGAAUGCACUAUGCAUCGUCACCCCUGACCAGGAGUUCUACAUCCGUGGAGAAAACAAGGACAUCAUAAAUGGAUGGUGUGAGCAGCUAGUGGUCUACCCACUCACCAACAAGCAGAACCGCAAGAAGACCAAAAGUAAAGAGAAACCUCCCGUAGCCACACAGGUGUCUAAAAGCGUGGAGCAGCCGGGCGUCACCUGUAGGAUCUUGGCAGACUCAUCAGAGCAGAGCUCCAGCCAAGAGGAGGACAGGAGCCCCAGAGGAGAGCCUGGCUCAGGAGACAAAGUGAUCGCAGUUCACUCGACCAGCCAGAGAAGUGUUCACCCAGCAGUGGAUAGUGCUCUUCAUGCUGAGGGUGUCGUCCACUUCCAGAAGGCUCCUAUUCAGGCCUCGCUCCCCAGCUCGGGCUCUGGCUGCCUGGGAAAGGACUCUCUGCCUUUCCCCCUCCCUGGCUCCCAGGUCAGAGAUUGUCUCAGCCUCCUGGACUCUGAGGUGAAUGCAAACAGCCACGCAGAGAGUCAAACGGUGACUUCACCGCAGUCGGCUCCUGCCAGCCCUGUUUGUGCAAGCAGCCCUGGGGCCAGGAGUGGAGAGAGGGGGCAGGAAGAGCUGGCCUCCAUCCCAGAGAAAAGUGAAACUCUAGUUCUGGGAGCAGCAUGGCGGGCUGGAGAGGAUGUGCAAGAAGAGAGUCAGAUCAUCAACAGCAGCAGUAGCAGGCAGGCAAGACUGAAAGGUUCUGAUGCGCCCCCUUCACCUGAGAGAAGGGGGAUGUCACCUGACCACAGGACAUCGGAGUCUGUCAUGACGCCAGAUCUCCUGAACUUUAAGAAAGGCUGGCUCAUGAAUUUGGAAGAGCCGAAUCAGUGGAAAAAGAACUGGUUUGUACUGUCCACUCACAAACUGCGCUACUACAAGGACUCCGUAGCUGAGGAGGUGUCGGAACUCGUGGGAGAGAUAGACCUCACCACCUGCCAUCAAGUCACUGAGCACCAAAUCCAGAGGAACUACGGCUUUCAGAUUCAUACACAGACACUGGUGCACACGUUGGCAGCCAUGACCGCAGGCAUACGCCGGAACUGGAUCCAAGCCCUGGCCAAAAACGUGCGCCCCUCCAACGCACGGGACGUCACGAAUCUCUCCGAUGACCUUUGCCCCUUCGGUUCCUCGGCGGGAGCUCUGUUCGAGCCAGACCUGACCCGGGACUCGCUUUCCCCAGAGGUGUCAGUGAAGAUGCGCCACGCGGUGAAGAGUCGUAGCGGCCAAAGGAGACGUGAGGGAGGCCACGCCAAGCCCUGCGGUGGAGCCGCGCACCGGCUCCCCAAGCGUGCAUCAUUCCCCAAAGGCAACGAGCAGGAGCAAAGGGAGGUGCCGGUGGAGGUGUGGGCAGUGGAGAGGCGGCGGAGGAGGCGCGAGGAGCGCAGGAAACGCUACGAGAGCGUCAUGGGCUCCGUUUUUGAGCCGGGAUGCCAGGAGGACGUCCAGGGCGGCACGGGCAUGCCAUGUACCCACCAGAGCUCCCUGGAGCAGCAGCAGAGGGCGCAGGAGAUCGAGGAGCGCUGGCAGCAGGUGGAGGAGGCGGCCAUAAGGGAGGAGAGGAGGGUGCCGCUCUACCCAGACCCCCAGGUCAAGGACAUGAGCCAGCUGGAGAGACUGUUGCACAACUACCAGAGAAGAGUGGAGGAGCUGACUGCUCAGCUGGCUGGGUCUUCUUGUCACAGAGAGGAGCUAAACACAAUGCUGGACCAACAGAUGAGCUCUACUUGGGUCCAGCUAGAGAGCAGUGACGUCCAGGAGAGUGAAGAUAUUCCAGUGAAGAUGGACCCAAGUCCUUACAGUAGUCAUGUGUCAAGUCUAACAGAUAAGUACAACGAGACUAAAGAGCUACUUCGGCUGGAGGAAGUACGAAGGCAGCUCAUGCAGGAACAGCUUGGCUUCGUCAAUCCGUCCAUCACAGAGCAGAGCUCACUGGCUUCACUGUGUGAUGGUGGAGCAGAUAAUGGACAAGAAAGCAUCACUAGUGAAGCUGGCUGUUCUGAGCUGCUGGAGCACGUGAGCUUCGCAAGCUUUGAGGAGCUUCGCUCUUUGGCUGUGGGACAGGUGAGAGAGAGCACAAGUCAACGUGAGGCAGAAGACCAAGUUUGCUUAGAAGCAGAGAAGAGGAUCAUCCAGGAAGUGGUGACCCUGACUCACCAAAAUGAAGCCCUUAACCAGCGCAACCAAGAAAUGGUCCACCAGCUGACAGAGGCCGACCGAGAGAUAGAAAGACUCCGAGCGGAACUCAGUCGGAGUCACGAUGGCCAACCACAUCUGCCCACACUGGAGGAGCUGAACAGCGCCAGAGUGGAGUAUCUUGAAGACGAGCUCAGAGGGAAAUGUCUAGAGCUGCAUGAGGUCCAAGCCCAGCUGGCUGCACAGAAACAGGAACUGAGAGACACUUUAAGAGAAGUCACACUGAUGGGCUUAGGCUUUCAGGAGUGUACAAAAACAGAUGAUCCUUCACCUAAACCUUUACAGGAGGCUUCAGAGGACCCGCGGGAAGACCAGCUUGAUGGCGCAGAACUACGUGCCAUAGAUGCCCAGGACCAACGAACCCUUAAAUCGGUGAUGCCAUACUGCCAGAGAGAUGAAGUCAUACCAUCACAGGUGCUCCUAGAUGUACAAAGAACUCAGAAGAAUAAAACUGAGUCAGAGGAGCAGGCUAGUACUGGACCCAUUUCAGAGGAAAACAGUAUUCAGUGUCUGGUGGAAGAAAUCCAAACGAGGUCUGAAGCACUUGGCAAACUGCUGAAGGUGACAGGAGAGACUGAUGUGCCCGAGCUGCUGCCCUCUGCAUCAGAAAGACAGGAUGUUGACAUAAAUCAGAGCAUUACCAGGAAGCUUCGGUUAGAGGAGGAGAUCUGGGCAACACUAUUUAACCUCCUCAAAGCCAACCCGACGCAUUGUAGUGAGGCCGACGUCUCCGACAGCCUGACAGCUAAGCUGGCCGGUGCCAAAUUGGAGGAGAUUAAACUGUACCUCUCCGCACACAAGCAUUUCUCUCUCUCGCCGAUCAAUUCACAGAUCGUUAGCACAGCUCCUGAAGCCUGCCGGACUCGGACAAAUGAUGGCUCAGUUCUCCUGCAGUCAGACAUCACAGGGGCUGAAACCGCUGAGAUAUCCGCGGAGGUGUCAAAGCAGAGAACGGAGAGGAUAUUGAGUUUGUACAGACGGCUUUGUAAUGACAGCCUUUGGAGGGAUUUGAGGGAGAGCGUGCAGGCGAAAGCUUCCCUGUUAAACUGCAUUGCGUCCAGCCUUGAUUCUUCUGCGAACGCGGAUCUGCGAUUCACAGUGCAAGGUCUGUGCCAUCUGUGGCGCAGGGAAAGUGACCCUGAGAUUCAGGCUACAGGUUCUGAGUUUCUCUCGGCUUACAUCAUCGGGCGGCUUGAGGCCGUGCAGGAGAAGUGUGUGCAGACUGAGGUGGGCUCAUGGGGGAAUGAGGAGAGCUGUGAGAACUGUCUGGUACUGAGGCGCGAAAAUGAAGCGCUCCAUGCCAGACUGUCAGGCACGGAAAAUCAGAGGUCAGAAGGUCACGUGCAUGAUGAGAAAAUCCCCGUAGACUCCGGUUGCUCAGAUGAAGCUCAGAUGAAAGCUGUGGGCCAGGAGAUGAUGGAAAAUCUUCUUUAUGAUGUCAGUUCAAAACAGAUGAAAACAGAAGGGCCCAGAGACUUUGUAGUGGAUGCUGUGCUGAUUAAGGCAGAGGAACUGACUGGGGCUCCUGACUCCGAAUAUCAGUCUGAUAUUAGGCCUGUGGCUCCCAUGGUUCCUGUGAGUAGAGCACCAGAGCCCGAAUCUGUGUUGCCCUUGAGAGGAGACCUGACUCAAUCAAGCAGAGAUGAGUGUGAAGGAAGCACGUCUUCUCCUCAGGAACAGCACUGGAGAGACUUGGAAAGCCUGAAGGCCAUGUGUGAGCAGGGCUUUGGGGUCAUGGAGGAGGCCCACCAGAGGGCCCUGGCUGAGCUGCAGCUCCAGCACCAGCGAGAACAGGCCCAGCUCCAGAAGGACAAGGAGCAGCUGCUGGCCGAGGAAACAGCUGCCACCCUGGCAGCAAUUGAGGCCAUGAAAAGAUUCCAUCAGAAAGAACUGGAAAAGGUUCUUCAGGGUACGCGUCUAGAAAACAGCAUCACAGGAAAUGCAGACCUGGAAGAGAUACUAAAGAGACACAGCGAGGAGCUGUCCUCUACCCAGCGUGAGCUGGACGCGGUGUCCCAGCAGUACUCUCUGAAGUGUCUGGAGAGUGCCCACCUGGCACAGGGUCUGGAGGCAGAGCGCCGGGCCCUGCAGCAGUGCCAACGCCAGUACCAAGAGAUUAGUGCCCGCCACCAGGAGUUGAGUGGUGGUCUUGCCAUAGAGAAAAUCUUACCAUCUUCACUCUCCAAAGAGGCUCUCUGUCCCAUCCUACAAGAGAAAAUCUUGUAUGAAUUCCAGAUUGGCCUGCGCGUGAAGCGAGCCGAGGUGGACUGCCUGACGCAGGAGAUCUGCUCCCUGAAAGAGGAGCUCCAGGCGGCCCAGAGAGACAAGAGGUAUGCUUCUGAGAAGUGCACAGACAUGCACACAGAGCUCAGUGCGACCAGAGCCAAGGCCCAACGCGACAUUGAGGAGCUAAGGGAGCAUCUGCAACUGAUGUACAAGGCUAUGGGAGCCUGUUCAGUGGAGGAGCACUUGGAUAUGGGUGGUAAUGACUGAAGAUUUUUUGCCCCAGGUACAGAGAGGGAGAGAUGGAGAGAUAUCUCACUGAUUCGGACUCCCCCCCCCCCCCCCCC